AUGACUCCAGUUCCUCCCUCACCUGUUCCGUCUGCAGUCUCCUCUACCGCGAACUCUCAACAUUCACAUGACCCCCGGGAUGGAGAACCUUCGGUAACACGCCCUCUAGCGGGCAUGCAUCUGUCCGCGGCGAACGGGGAAGCCCUCCCUCCACCGGCAUCCCCUGCCCCGAAACCUCAGAAGCCAAAAAUGUCUUCUCGUAUUUCUCGCAUGUUUUCCACGACGGGCAAACAAACACCCACUCUUCAAGACAAACACGAUGCCCAUCGUGAUCUAUCCGACAGCAGCUUGGACAGCGUCCAGCCACCACCCAGUACCAAAGAAAAACCAACCUCAAAACCGACGACCCCAGCCAACUCCAGACCUCCCUCACGUACUCCUUCUCGCCAACCGUCUCUCAGAAAUGAACCCAUUGAGGAAAAGAAGAAGAAGACGACCAGCGGCAAGGAACAGAAAGAUGGCGUUCCCCCGCAUAAGCGUUUCGAGAUCCUCUCUGAAGCUCUCGGUAACCACUCCCAUCACCUCCGGAGUGCCCGACGACAGGAAAAAUUGACCGACCUGCUCCGGGACAUGCUAGGUGGUGGACGCAAGAAGGGUGGAGAUGAUCACCAGGUUGAUGAGCAGCAGCUCUCUCUCAUGUCGACUUGGAUCGACCAGUUUAAAACCGAGCGGGACAAGCUGGCCCUCGACAAGAAGGGUGGCCCCAAUGCCACGGCAUCCCUGGUAGACAAAUACGGGAAAUGCCAGGAGAUCGUUGGCCGCGGCGCCUUCGGUAUUGUCCGGAUCUCGCACAAGGUUGACCCGCAGGAUUCCAAGUGUGAGCAGCUGUAUGCUGUCAAGGAGUUCCGCCGUCGGCCCCAGGAAACCGCCAAAAAAUACCAGAAGAGACUCACAUCGGAAUUCUGUAUCUCUUCGUCCCUCCGGCAUCCAAAUGUCAUCCACACCCUCGACCUUCUACAAGACGCCAAGGGCGAUUACUGUGAGGUGAUGGAAUUCUGUGCCGGUGGCGACCUCUACACACUGGUCCUUUCGGCUGGAAAGCUCGAAGUGGCCGAAGCUGACUGCUUCUUCAAGCAGCUGAUGCGCGGUGUUGAGUAUAUGCACGAGAUGGGCGUUGCCCACCGUGAUCUCAAGCCCGAAAACCUGCUCCUGACUACACACGGUGCACUUAAGAUCACUGAUUUUGGCAACGGCGAAUGUUUCCGUAUGGCCUGGGAAAAGGAAGCCCACAUGACCGCUGGUCUCUGUGGAUCUGCUCCCUACAUCGCGCCUGAGGAAUACGUCGAAAAGGAGUUUGAUCCUCGCGCAGUCGAUCUGUGGGCUACCGGAGUAAUCUACAUGGCCAUGCGCACGGGACGUCAUCUUUGGCGUGUGGCUCGCAAGGAGGAAGAUGAAUUCUACCAGCGGUACUUGGAGGGACGCAAGCACGAAGAUGGUUAUGCGCCCAUUGAGACGCUGCAUCGGGCCCGUUGCCGCAACGUGAUCUACUCCAUUUUGGACCCGAAUCCUUCUCGCCGUAUCAAUGCCUCUCAGGUUCUCAAGUCCGAGUGGGUUCGGCAGAUCAAACUGUGCAAGGCAGGCGAGGAAGGGUUCUAA